AUGAGUAUCCUCGACCUUUUGGAAGCAGCCGCUUAUCUCGAUCAAGUUGACCACUACAGCAAUAACGGUCGUUGCCACGGAUCGGAAAUCGCGGUCUCCGAUGAGCAGUCGGUACUGAGCAACGGUACCACUACCACAGCCGUCGCCGUCGCCGAGUCUCCGACAUCGGACGACGCGGCGGCGGCGGAGGCAGCGGCCUCGGCGGCUGCGGAACUUGCGACAGCCGGCGGUGACCCGGACAACCAUGCUGACAUCGACAUCGACAUAUCAUCGAUGUCGUCAUCAACUGUCGCCGCCGCCGUCGUUGUGGACAUCGCCCAUUCUUCACCACCGGCACCGAUGUUGCCGAAACAUGACCCGCCCGACACCGAUGAUGACCCACCAAAAAAACUGCAUCGAAUGAGCGCCAACGGACGAGAUGUCGUCAUGCGAUCGUCGGCCAAUGCUAUGAACUUUGAUCAUGGUCUUCAUAAUUCUACACGCAAUGUCAUGUAUGAUGUGUUCCCCCGUUGGUUCCGUUCAUUUAUCCUUCUUCUCUUUCUCUCGCUCGUUCACUCGUUGAUUGUCUUCCAUCCCAUCUCCAUGACGUUCGCCGCCACCGUCGCCUACAGCUAUGAAUCAUCGUACAUCGCGCACGUGGCAUAG